AUGGCCAUACCAAUGUCAGGCGUCCCAGCUGAAGCCGCAAGACGCAUUGUGGAAUCUUUUCUUGAUGACGAUCUUGAUCCAAAGCUUAACCUCGCUACGAUUCAUCGAGAGUGUGCAAACAUCCUUGCAGCACUCUGGAAUGGUGGAGAAAAUGGAGAGAGACCAGUUGGCAGUGCUACGACAGGCUCCUCUGAAGCUCUCAUGCUUGGAUGCCUGGCUAUGAAGAAGCAGUGGCUAAGCAAAAAACGUGAAGAAGGAGCUGACACAUCUCAGCCAAACAUAAUCUUCAGUUCUAUUGCUCACGUGGUCUGUGCCAAGUUCUCUCAGUACUUCGAUGUUGAGGCACGAAUACUUCCAGUCACACAGGAGGCAGGGUAUGUUAUGGAUACCCAAGAUGCUGCUGCGAUGGCCGAUGAAAACACUAUAGUGCCUUUUGUGAUCUCGAUCAAUAUAGUUGGGAUAGUUGCUGUUCUUGGGAGCACCUACACCGGUCACUAUGAGCCUGUUCAACAACUUUCAUACGCCCUUGAUGAUCUACAUUCUCAAAAAGGGCUAGAUAUCCCAAUUCAUGUCGACGCUGCUUCUGGAGGUCUUGUAGCGCCCUUUGUUCAAUCGAACUUGACAUGGUGA